ACCAAUCGACCGCGACAACGGAAUCGAAGAACCGUUCCUCGUUCUUGUGAAGCAUUCAGCAAUGGUGUUCCGACUAAGGGUGUUUGUGCUGCUAGUGGCGUGCAUGGUAGCCGUAACGCUGGCGAUUCCGAUCCAGAACGCAGGUUCCGCGGUAGCAGCACCGGCCUCAAAACCUCUUUCCACUCGACUGGACGCAGUGGAAGCUAAAGCCGCGGCGGCGGCGGAUGUGCCAGCCGUAGCCGGUGAUCCGGAAGCGGAUCGCAACAAGCGACAUCUCGGUUUCGGUGGUAUCGGCAUCGGCGUUGGACUGAUCGGAGGUGGAUUCGGUGGAGGCUUCGAUCCGUACGACUACGGUGGCCAUUACGGUGGACACUACGGUGGCCAUUACGGUGGCCAUUACGGUGGACACUACGGUGGCCAUUACGGUGGACACUACGGAGGAUUCGAUGGACCGUAUGGUGGAUUUGGUGGACCUUACGGAGGAUUCGGUGGACCGUACGGUGGCUACGGUGGUGGCCCCUUCGGUGGACCCUACGGUGGAUACGCCAACGGAUACCAGUACGGCUACGGUUCCGGUUUCAGCAACGGAUUCUUUGGCUAAACUUAAACCUUAGCUAUUUGCUCUGGCUCUGGAUACCACCUCUCUUUUUCUC